UCACGCGGUGUGGAUUGGCGUUUGUCGAGGUUAUCAGUUGCCUUUGAGGGCGUAAAUUAAUGUUUAAUCGGUGAAAAAUGGGUGAUUCGGAUUUUAAUGAGCUUCUGAGGUCGGCGGAGCAGCUUUCUGCCGCUGUUGAGGGGUCCGGAGAGCUUCCCCAAGUCGAGAGAAAUCUCAGGCAGAUUCUGGAGGCCUCCAACGAGCUGUGGUCUCGUGUCACGCAGAGUGGGACUCAGGAUACACAAGUGCAAGCGCACCUGUUGUUAGGCUCCAGGGGAGUGGAUCUGCCCCAGAUAUCACAGAAGCUGAAUUCACUCAGUGCUAGACGCACUUUUGAACCGUUGGAUCCCAUCGCUGAUACUGACAUCGUCAGUUAUCUCAGGAAUGAGAAGGAAAAUGCUAUUUUGUCGAUUAUUGAACAGGUUCAUAAGGAUACAUUCGAGCUCAACCGAGUUCAGCAAAUGGAGCACAUGUUGGGUGAGUGGAAGCAGAUGCGUUUCGAGAUAAUAAACGCGAUGACAGCCCCUUCAGGUGAGCUGGUGGACCUCCGAGGCAUUCCCCAGCGCACAAAACUCGCUGGUUCCAUGGUCUCCGGUCUCUCGAACAUCGAGACAGCCUACGCCAAGGAGCUCCAAGUCUACAAUGACCACGUCCUCCGUGGCAUCUCUCGGCCCAGUCUCUUCAACGUCUUCUCCCGAGCCGCAGAGACCUUCAACGACAAGAAGAUCCUCGACAUGUGGAACAUGGUCAAGGUCAUGGUGAACAUCCCCGCGACCCCUCGAGGCGACCAGAUAAAAUCCCGCACCAGUCCAGAGGUCGAGCAAACGAUCGUCUCCCAAGCACGCAAAUACCUGGAGAGUCGUUACAGAGACUUCAUGAACUCUUUGGUGAACGAGAACCUGGCUCAGGCGAAGCGUGGAGGCAUCCCUGGGACGAUUCCCCUGGUGAAGAGCUUCGUGGGGAUCAGGAUCCAGAACACGAGGGACCUGGAGGAUGCCCUCGUGGACGACAGACCCAUCUGGCCGCUGAUCUACUACUGCAUGAGGGCUGGGGACUUCAAGGCUGCUCUCCAGUGCCUCAACCAGUGCUCCUCGUCCUUCCAGGAGUUUCGUCAGGCUCUGGAGGAGGCCUCCAACGACCCCCAGAGGCGCCCCAGCACUCGGGGAGAGUCCAUCGUUAAACUGCACUACAGGAAGCACGUGAGGUCGGCCACAGAUCCCUUCAAACGGGCUGCUUACUGCGCACUUGUCCCCUGCGAGCCUGAUGAUCUUCAUUCCGAAGUCAUCUGCACUGCUGAUGACUAUUUGUGGCUGAAGCUCUGUCAAGUCAGGGAGCAGACUGAUGCGGAGCAUAAGUUGACUCUUGAUAGUCUGCAAACAACAAUUUUGGAGGUCUACGGAGAGAGUUAUUACCACGCUCAUGAGCAACCAUUCCUGUACUUCUCGAUGCUCUUCCUGACCGGACAGUUCGAAGCUGCAAUUGAGUUCUUGGCCAGAGGAGCUGGAGCCAAGCAUCUGCCCCACGCAGUUCACCUGGCAGCUGCCAUGCACGAGCACAGUCUCCUGGCCCCAUCCCAGAGUGUCCUAGCACCACUGAUAACAGUGGAUCCUGCUGAUAAACCCCCUGCGAAGCGCCUGAACCUGGCUCGAUUGAUUCUGCUCUACGUAAAACGAUUUGAGAGCUCAGAUCCCAAGGAGAGUCUCCAUUACCUCUUUCUAUUGAGAUCCAUGAAGGAUCCUCAUGGGAGGAACAUGUUCGCAGCCUCUGCUGCUGAGAUGGCGGUGGAGGCCUCCCCUCAGAAUCGAGCUUUACUCGUUGGAAAGAUUGAUAAGGACAGGAGACUGCCGGGAGUUCUGGACCAGUUCCACAUCAACACUGAUGAUGUCAUUAAUAUUUGUGCUGAGACUCUGUACAGGAAGGGGCUACUGGAGGACUCUGUGACGAUGUACGAUCUCGCUGGGAAUCAUGAAAAGGUUCUGGAGAUCAUGUGCACUUUGCUGGCGCAGGUCGUGAGCCAGAGGAAUGUUCAGGGGUCCUUGAGGUCUAGGUUGCAGACUAUUGCUACUGAUAUCAGUCUGAGGUACCAAGGAAUUGCUAUUCAGGUCCCAGCAGAGUUGGUGGCUGCAUUCUAUACCCUGAGAGAUCUCAUGGUCUUCUUCGAUCAGUUCCACGACGAGCAGCAUCAGACAGCCCUGAGGACAAUUGCUGACUCGAAACUGCUGCCUCUCAAUGUCAAGGAGGUGGAUGAGAGGGUCACUGCGCUCAGGAGAGUCUCUCCAGAGGUCGCUGGGACUCUUUCUGAUGUCCUUCUGGCUACCAUGACGAUUAUCUACAGGCAGUACCAGAAGAUGAGGGCGUCUGAGCCUGGGGAUGAAGUGGCCAGGGAACAGCAGCUCAGGGAUCUGAGGGAACAGGCCAGAGCUUUGACUAGUUUUGCUGGGACACUUCCUUACAGAAUGCCCAAUGAGACGAACAGUAAACUCGUGCAGAUGGAGAUCCUCAUGCAUUGAGGGCGAUGAGCUUUGGAUUUUUUGUGAAUUUUGAUUAGUGUAAUUCAAGCAUUUUUAUGCUGAUAUUUUGGAUAUUGAUUUUUGUAAGUUCGACAGUUUGUUUCAGUGAAUAUACGUGAAUUGAUAAUUA